GGGCUCAUUCAACACGACCGCGGGUCCCGUCGCUAACCAGACGGAUAACGUAAAGCUCGUUUACAGGGAUGGAGGAGGACAGGAUGGAGGUGGGGAACCAGAAACAAGACAUCCAUGUGGAGGUCCAUGUUAGAUCUGACAGCACAGCUAAACUGUCUGAGGUGAAGAUACAUGUUCUGGCUCUACUGAAUCGCCACAGCAUGGUUUUUGGAAACUACAGAUGGAAGGAGUUUGAUGAAGACUUUCUCAGGAAACAUGUGGAGUCUGUGUCUAUAGUUGAUAUCGAGGAUAUGGCAACACAGCCCCUUGAUUUGACAAGCUGCUCUGUCUCUAUUCACGUCUUCAUUCUGAAUGAGGAUGGACCCAGCACCCUCAGUUUGGAAGAAGAUGAAGAGCUUUCAGCAGCAAAUCACUGGCUGUUGCCUGCAGCUGAAUUCCAUGGGAUUUGGGAGAGCCUGGUAUAUGACAGUGGAGUCAAAACCCAGCUCCUGGAUUAUGUCACAACAACAAUUUACUUCUCAGACAAAAAUGUCAAUAGCAACCUGAUUUCAUGGAACCGCGUUGUUCUGCUCCACGGACCCCCGGGCACAGGGAAAACGUCACUAUGCAAAGCUCUUGCCCAGAAGCUGUCAAUCAGACUGUCAAGUCGGUAUUCUUACGGCCAAUUUGUGGAGAUAAACAGCCACAGUUUAUUCUCAAAGUGGUUCUCAGAGAGCGGUAAGCUGGUCACAAAGAUGUUUCAAAAGAUCCAACAACUGAUCGAUGACAAAGAGGCUCUGGUGUUUGUUCUGAUAGAUGAGGUGGAGAGUUUGACGGCAGCAAGAAACGCCAGCCAGGCUGGAACCGAGCCCUCUGACGCCAUUCGAGUGGUCAAUUCUGUCCUCACUCAGCUGGACCAGAUCAAGCGACAUUCCAACGUUGUGAUCUUGACGACCUCCAACGUGACAGAAAAGAUUGACUUGGCAUUUGUGGACAGAGCUGACAUCAAGCAGUACAUUGGACCCCCGUCCGAGAAGGGCAUCUACAACAUCUACCUCUCGUGCCUAGAAGAGCUGAUGAAGUGCCAGAUCAUCUACCCCCGGCAGCAGCUGUUUACCAUGUUUGAGCUUGAGACGAUGGGGUUUGCUAAGAGCGAGGUGUCUGAACACAGCCUGAACCUGAGGAACUUGGCUCUAAAAAGCAAAGGUUUGAGCGGAAGAGCACUGAGGAAGUUACCAUUUCUGGCCCAUGCACUGUUUGUGAGGUCACCGACAGUGACUCUCGAGAGGUUUCUAGAGGCUAUGGACCAAGCGGUGGAUAAACAGAUGGAGGAAAAAGCUAAUCUGGUCAAUGGGUUCUGAAACUCAUUACAUCGCCUAAAGGCUGGCACAUGAUUGUUCAUGAGCUCAGGAUCCCAUGCCCUGUUUGU